CACUAGUUUUCUUGCUACGUGAGCGGAACUAGCAAUCUGUUAGAACUUCGUGCAGCCCUGGCAUAAUAAAUGAUGGUCUGUAUUUAAUUGCCAGCCCUGUGCGAGCGCAAAUGCAGAACUAAUUCCACAUAAAAAAAAAAGAAAAGUUGUGCAACGUGAAAAACUUAUCAAUAAAAAUAAAAAAAUCAAUUGCAUUUAAGUGAAAACAUGACGGUUAAUAAGCGGGACGCGAUUGCAACGCGUCCGCGUUGCUUUUUCGACAUAACGCUUGGUGGUUUGAGCGUCGGUCGCAUCGUUUUCGAAUUGUUUAGCGAUGUUGCUCCCAAGACGGUGGAGAAUUUUCGGUCACUUUGUACGGGCGAAAAGGGCAUUGGACUUGUAACCGGCAAGCGAUUACACUAUAAAGGUGUCAUAUUCCAUCGUGUGGUCAAGGACUUUAUGGUCCAGGCGGGUGAUUUUAGUGCAGGCAACGGUACCGGCGGCGAAUCAAUUUAUGGCGGCACAUUCGAGGACGAAUGCUUUGACAAAAAGCAUGAUCGACCCUUCCUGCUGUCGAUGGCGAAUCGCGGUAAAAACACAAACGGCUCGCAGUUCUUUAUUACAACACAGCCUGCGCCACACUUGGACAAUAUCCAUGUUGUAUUCGGUCAAGUUUUAUCCGGUCAGGAUUUGGUGCGUCAAUUAGAGGAUCUGCCCAUUGAUCGCAACUCACGCCCACUGCAGGAUGCGGCCAUUGCCAAUUGUGGUGAAUUGGUCAAGCAAAUAAAGGUUAAAAAAGACAAGAAGCGUAGAAAGCGUUCGACGGCAACGGAAGAAUCCGCAAGUGACAAUGACGAAGUGGAGGUCAAACAGAAACAGCGCAAGGAGAAAAUCAAGAAGAAGCGUUCCCGCGACGUGUCCAAAUCCAGCGACAGUGAAAACAGCGAUUCCGGACGUGCUGAGCGUGGAAAUGGACGGCAGCAGAACAACGAUGACGAUGAAGAAGGCGAGAUACAUCCCUUGGUCACCUUGACUAAAAUUGAUCCAAGCGAAAUACCAGAGGUCUCCAAUAAAUUCCUUAUGCGCGCUGAGAAAUCACGUUCCCGUGAACGUGACAAUCGCGGAGGUCACGAUAGUUCACGCGAAGCCCGCCAGCGUGAACGUGAUCGUGAUCGGGAACGUGAUGAUCGCGAUAGGGGAAGAGAGCGUAACCGCAAUGCAUUUGGCUGGUCAAAGAAGCAGGUACCAACCUCUCGCAGCGGACGUAUUGUAAAGGGGCGUGGCGUUUUUCGCUUCCGCACGCCUUCCCGCAGUCGCUCCAAGAGCAUAACGCCGCCGCAUUGGAAACACGCCCAGAAGCGUACUAUUAAGUUGUCGGAUUUGGAGCGCAUGGAGGAAGAGAACAAGCUAAAGGAUGAGGAGGUUAAGCGACGUGAACAGGAGCGCAAGAAGCGGCAUGAGGAGGCAUCCAAGGAUCCAAAGAAGUCCUUCUUUGAGCUGUCACACGCCAGCACAUUUGGCGGCAAGGUGACGCCCGACAAGUCGCCGGGAAAGCAGAAACAGCAGAGCGGAAGCAGCCGCAAACGUAGCGAAUCCCAUUCACAGAAGGAGUCGGAACGUGGCAAGGCAAAGGAGACACACGAAAAGGAGCGCGAGAAGGAGAAACCCAAGGAAGAAGCGCCUCCAAAGCGUCGCAAGUCCGUCGAUAUGAAUGCAUUGGACUACGAGCAACAGACGGACAGCGAACCCGAGCCAGAGACCAGUAAACCAAUCCCGAAGACAGCAACUUCAAAGGAGCCGGAACGAGCCAAGGCAGCCGAACCCGCUGCAGACAUUCGAAGCCGGCGCGAGGAUAAGAAUCGUGAGCGGGAGCGGGAGAAACCUAAGCGCAGUCGUGAACGUUCUGGUUCCCGGGAUCGUCAUAGAAGUCGCUCCCGUUCCGCCAAACGACGUCGUUCUCCGCCACGUCGCCAGCAACGCUCGCCGCCUCGACGUCAGGGCAACGGCAACCACAACAACAACAAUAAUAACAAUAAUUCUGGACAGGGUCAGAUGAAUCGCAACCGUCGUAAUCCAUUUGCCGAUCGAGAUCGUCGUCAACGUUCACCGGACAACGAAUAUCGCAAUCGCUUUCCGCUCUCGCCCAUAAGGACUCGCAGCUCGCCUGUGGAGCGUCGUCGGUCCAGAGACCGGCAGCGUCGGUCGCGCAGUCGCGGGCGUCGACAGGAAACUCCAGAUCGCCGACGUCAGGAGUCGCCAGCUAGAAGGCGACAAGAGUCCCCGGAGAGAAAGCGUCAGGAGUCGUCGCCACUGCGAAAGCGACAGGAAUCUCCGGAACGCCGACGACAGGAGUCGCCAGUUAGAAAGCGACAAGAUUCUCCGGAGAGACGACGUCCAGAGUCGCCAGUUAAAAAGCGUCAGGGCUCAUCCGAUCGCAAGCGACCAGACUCUUCAGAUCGGAAGAGAAGAGUAGAGUCUCCUAAUCGCAAGCGGCGAGAAUCUCCGGAACGCAAGCGGCGAGAGUCGCCCAAUCGGAAGCGUCAUGGAUCGCCGGAUCGCAGACGUAGUCGUAGCCAUGGACGGCGUCACAGUGGAUCAGGCAGUCCCAGUCGACCACGUCGUAAUCAACGCUCCCAGGAGCAACGUUCCCGAGAACGCAGUCCGGCCAGGAUAACGUCGGCUGUGCCCGCUGGCGAAGCCGAGGAUAAAGAUAAAGCAGCGGCACGUGAGAAAAUGCAGAAGCGAGCGGAGGCAGCAUUGCUGCUCAAGGAACAUAUGCGCAAGGAGAUAGCCAAGGAGGAGGAGCGACGAGCUGAGAAACAACGUCAGGAUGAACUCGAAAAGGAGCGCACUACGCGGGAGCUGAACGAACUGGAGCGUCUGAAGGCGGAGACAUUAAAGAAACUGCAGGAGGAGGAGCGCGAUCAUGGCUCGGAUACUGUGCGGUCCCAUAGUCGUCCUAGACGCGAAAGUCGUGGCAGCAGCCACGAGGCCAAGAAGCGCAAGCAUAAAAAAUCAAAGAAGCAAACAACACGCUCCCCACGCUCUGACUCGGAUUAGAUUCCUAAAAGCAACCCCCCCAAAAAAAAAUAACACCUCAAUCAAAAUCAAUCCUUUGAUUUACACAGUCAAGCAAUUUAAAUAACUACAAACAUGUAAUUCAAUUGUAAAAAUCUGUUCACCAAUUCUAGGCAAUGAGCGUCCCAAUAAAAACCAAACUUUACAAUUUUUUGUUGUCUAU